AUGAUCAGGCCGCUGCCCGACGAACGUCCACGACAAAGUGUUGCAAAUCUCAUCGGUAGAUUCGAACAGCAAAACAAACGACAGUCGAUAUCUGCCAGUCCAGCUCGCAGCUCAAGUGUUGUUUCGCAUAACACGGGUGAUUCAGCCAAGGAGGAGGUAAAGGAGAAGCGGGACUGGCCUCCGACUCGGUCCACGACAUCGUACACGACUAGCCCUUCUUCGUCGUGGAUUAAGCCUCAACCGUCGGCUCUGAAAUCGUCGUCUUCGACGAGUACGGUACCGAUCUCGACAGCUAUAGAUGCCCCGGUGUCUCCCGAGCAUUCUGAUCCCAAGAGCCCUUUACCAUCGAAGCCAGUGCUUAAGCAGAGCCCAGCACCAUCAUCUUACAAGUCUCCUGCCAAGGCGUUGACGCCGAAAGCAUCACCCGGCGGGUUGGCAUCGAUAUCGACUCCGUUGAAGCCACAGCAUACAGGCCAAUCUACUACAUCAACAACGUCUUCUGUUCGGAAGACGGUACCCAGGACUAGCACUGCUACUGCUGCUGCACGUGCCAAGACACCGUCACGUCUCAACCAACGUUCGAAGACGCCUCCACGCAGUACUGCUUCUACUACUCCCAGAGCGAGAACGCCAAGCACUGUACGUCCUGGGUCAGGCUUGUUCGCGCCUACUGCAGCUUCGUUAGCUAGGGCGCGAGAUGCCCAGGCUCCUGCUCCGACGCCGAAGAAGAAGACGGUAUUGUCGAGCGCGGUUGCUGAUAGGCUGAACAAACCUACUGCUGCGUCCGCGAGUAAGGCUCGUACACCUGCGGUUGUGCCUUCCAGGGGUAAGCCUGCGACUCGUGGGGUUAUGAAGCCCAAAUUGCCUUCGUCGGGUAGUCCGAGGGUGGUGAAGAAGGACGGUGUAAAAGGGGCUGCGGCUGGAGCAGCGGCUGUCGUCGCUGUUGCUGCUGCUGUCGAGGGCGUUCCAGACGAGGUCGUUGAUGAGCACGCGGAGACGAACGGCCACGUUACAGAGGCUUCUGCUGAGCAGGUACACGAGGACGCAGCUGGCCGUCAUGAAGAAGUCCAGAAUGAGGCGGAAAUCCAUACCGAACCGGAAGCGCAUGUCGAGACGGAGGAUCGCGAAGAUGCAGAUGCAAACCACGAUGAAGCGGUGCCAGUUGAUACCCCAGAAGCGACUGUAGAGAUCGAACCUCAGAAUCCCACGUCGCCCGAAGGUGUUUCAGUCACUUUGCCUGAUGUAGAGGAAGGGUCCGCGGGAGAACGGACGCCUGUUGCUGAAAAGCACUCUCACGAAGGCCUUGUUGAGCGGGAACAUGUAUCCGAAGAUCCUCCUGAAGAGACGCACCCUUCUGUUGGCAAUGAUCUUGAAGACAUCGUUAAUCUACUGGAAUCGACGUCGCGUCCAGUUAGCAUCGUUAGCAUCCCCGACGAUGUGGUCGAUAUCCCUGAUGAGUCGGAGUAG